AUGAAUAGUUCUAAUACCGACACACUCAAUUCUAACGACGAACUCCUAUCAUCGGAAGAUAUUAUCAAGAAAACUGCUUUCAAGAGAAAAGGAAGAUCACAUUCGUGUAAUCAACCAAAACGCCAACAACAAGAACCCGUAUCAACUCAAAGCGCUUCUCGAUCAAGAAAUCCUUCGUGCCCUGCAACUUCAUCUUCUCCCUCACCAACAGCAGCAACCACUAGAGAAGCAACAACUCCCCUUUCCAACUACGAUCUUAUAUCGACCGAAACUAUUCACAAAACCCCAAUGUCAAACAUGGAUGCAUAG